AUGAAUCUCCAGUGGUCAAUUCGAGUCUGGACCCGUUCGGCACUCCCUAAUACUCGAUCAACCGGCUGCUUCUCAACCUCUACCCGCACCCAAUAUCGACCCCUCGACGUCCUCGAAAAUGCCACCCUAAACACCUUCCAACAACGCUGCUUCGUCCCCGAACACCCAGCGAUCCUCCCUCGCGGCUCCUUUCAAGAUCUCCCGGCCCUCAAAAAAUGGUUCAAGCCCGCCAAUGGCAAGCCAACCCGCAAUCCCAUCGCAAGCCUAAACGCGGAUUACCUUCAUAAACACGGAGCCGAAGCAUUCGUCCCACUCGAGCUCACCCAAUGCCCAUCCCCAGACCCAACCACCGAAACCAAAAGCGAGACAAACCAGCUCCAUAGCUUCCGACAAUUCCACGCGCCGUUAUCACUAUUCCUAGACUGGAUGCGCGCAGCGGAGACCACACCCCAGUCUUCAAGGCUCUACCUGGCACAAUGCCAGCUCCUAGAUCUGCCAGCCGUGCUUCGCGAGGACUUCCCAGUCCCUGAGCUCGUGGCACAUGCAGGCAAGGGCGAUGUCUACGAUACGAAUGUAUGGAUUGGUCACCCGCCCACGUACACGCCGCUACAUCGCGACCCGAACCCGAACUUGUUUGUUCAGUUGGCUGGGGAGAAGGUUGUGCGCUUGCUCGCGCCGGCGGAUGGACAGGCUGUGUUUGGGGCUGUGAGGAGGGAGGUGGGGAAGAGUGGCGGGAGGGAGGCGGCGGCUUUUCGGGGUGAGGAGAUGAUGCAGGGUGCGGAGAGGGUGUUGCUUGAUGAGAUGGUUUGGGAGAGUCCGGUGUCUGCUGGUUCGGAUGCUGGGGUUGGCUUUGAAGCAAGGCUGGGCGUUGGUGAUGGGUUAUUUAUUCCUAAGGGAUGGUGGCAUAGUAUCAAAGGUGUUGGUGAGGGUGUUACUGGUUCAGUCAAUUGGUGGUUUCGGUAG